CGGGAGUCUGUUCGCAGCAGCGAUCGAACAAAGUGUGGUACCGAGUAGUAGACUUAUUACUAGUAGUACGACUCGAUAUACGCGGUGUUUGAUAAAUUUUUGAAUAUUAUUUUUUUAAUUAUUUUAUAACACUUCAUACAUUUUUUAAUUAAGAAAAUAUUGCAAAAAUCAUCAUGGACUUAAAAGUGUUUUUUGGAGUUCUGUUUUGUGUCAUGAUAUGUGGAGGGCAAGUUGCUGAAAAGGCACUUGAGUCUGCCCAACAAGAAAAAGCCGACGACGAUUCGGAUAUGUACAUGGAACCACUUGAAGAGGACCAUAAACCCGCACCUACCAACGUUGAAGUGCAAGCAGAAACAGGACAUUGGUUUCCGUCGUUUUCGAGAUCAUAUGACCCCUACGACCAUCCACCUUCAGGACAUUCCAGACCAGUGUUAUAUAAUAGCUACAAGCAACAAGAAGGUGCAUACAGUCAAAGAAACGACCCUCCAUUCCAACAACACCUAGGAUUCAACGAACAAUCCAAAGUCGACGGAUUCAAUCCAUACGCAAAAGAAUACCAAGAGCCACAGCAACAGCAACAGAAAUACGAUAAAGGAGUUUCCCUUCUCGGUGAUGGUAACUUUGGAGUCAUUGCAGGCGGAACCUUCUAUCCAGAAAAAGACGGCUACGAUACUGGUGACAGUUCCAGCUAUGACGAUUUUUCCUCGUACUUCCAUAAUGGCCACGGACGUCCGUCAUAUUUCUUACCAACCAAUCCCAAGCCAGGUAAACAACAGCAGUUUGAUAACUUCCGGGAUUUUGCCGACAUCAACACCACUCCAGAGCGUCAGUACUCCCAGUACGUUGUUGUUUAUAGCAAUAAAAAUGGUACCAGAACCUUAUCAAAUGUGGAAAACGAUCCAAAAAAAUCUACAUAUAAUGCUCAAAUUGAUGCAAAAAGGCCAAAGAAUAUUUUGGAAAGCUUAGCAUUGCUGGACAGUAAUGAAGACAAAACGCCCAAUGACGACAAUCUUCUUAUUCUAACAAGGGCAUUAUUAUUGCCUUCGUAUAAUCAAGGAGACAUUAUUGACAUUCCUCCAGAAAAGAAAUUAUCAAAAUCAAAAACGAAGCUAGCAAAAUUAGCUCCGGAGAAAAAGCACGAAGCAAAAUUGCUUCAAAAAGCUAAAGAAUUAAAUGAGCCAAUGUUAGCUUUAAGUUGAUUUUCUCAAAAAAAAAAAUAUAUUGUAUAAAGAGCAUGAUGGUAAGAUUGUUUAUUGAUACAAUAGUAUAUAGGCUAGACAAGUAUUACGAUUAUUAUUAAUUUUGUUCAACCUUGUAUAUUGUUGACAAGCAUAUCUACACAGUUUUGCAAGUUCCUAAACAUUAUAUUGGUUUUUUAAUUUUUGUUUACUGUAAAGAUGGUUCUGAACUGUAGCUACAUCAGCUACAUGUAGGUACCUAUCAGAUAAAACAACAUAAUAUAGUAUAGAUGAAUAUUAUAUUAUUUUGCUACAGAAAUUAAUAUUUCAAAAAUUAAAUAGAUCAAUAGUUUACAGUGUAGUGAAUACAAAUCUGUAUAAUACUCUUUUGUGUUUUAGGAGUAACGUAACACUAUAUACUACGUGUAAAAUAUAGAUAAGUAUAAGAUUUCAAUGUGGUUUAUUUUAGAACUAUGUAUUAUUGAUCUGUAUUAGCUAUGUUUACCUUCUUAAUUUUUUUUUUUUUGGAUUUUAAAUAAUUAUUUUGCCAAACAUAUUAUUUUGAAUGUGUCUGCUAUAAAGAACACAAAUUAUAGUUUUUAAGCAUGUCUAUUGUAACGUGUACUUGUAACUUUGACUGAUAAUAUAUAAAACAUAGAUUUAAAAUUAAUAAUUAUUAUUAGAUAUUAUGGGGCGAUUUGAAUAAAUAGUUUUGCUGCAAAGUAUUUGAACUAAUGUUAAGGACUCUUGAAUAGUGAAAGCCUUUUUACAAAAUAGUUUAGAAUAUAGAACUGUCCUGUAGCAUAUAUGGAUGGGGAGAAUUGAAUGUUCUAAACUUAAAUAAGCAAUAAAUACAAUACAACUAUUUAUUCUGAAACCCAUAACAAUUAGCUUAAUUUACCAUAUUAAGUUCUAACAUUUAAGUAGUGGCAUUGAUAUUGAACAUUAAAAGAAACAUAGAAAAGAAACAUUUGUGUCAAAGACAACACCCAUCGUAUGCACCAGCGCGUGCAAUGGACGUUUUUAUUGUAUACAGUUUGGCAUAGACCUUAUCUUGUAAAGACCGUGAUCUAGUUUUGCUAGAAGGUUUUCGCGAUAUUUAUAUGUUUGUUUUUGUAUGCAUAUGAAAGAAGUAUUUUUCCAUAUUUGAAUAAUCUGUUUACAGAGGUUGUAUUGUAGACCCCAUGACAUUGUAGUUUUUAGGUGAAAAAAUAAAGUU